UCAGAAGCCGGCUAGAAAGAAAAGACUCCAGCCUUGGAACUUGCCUUUGGCGCACAUUGUACUGUGGUCAGACCUCUGGAUUUGGACAGCUUAUUAGAAAAUUCCUAAGACUAGGAGAAUAUCCAAAACAAGUCGUUCUGCUUCAAGGAAGACUGCAAUAAGAAAACAGGAUUAAUCAAAAGAGGAUUAAUCAGAGUCAGGAGGAGCCAUUUUCAAGAUUUGGUUUUUAAUGGCUACUUUGAAGUUAUUUUUAAGAAGAUUUUACUUCAAAGAAGCAGUUCUGUGUUAGAGAAUGUCUGAUGCUUUCGCUGCUGGAGGCCACCCUGCCCUGGCAGGAGUUAACUCACAGUCAGGUCUUGGCAGGUGUUUGGCAAGAGUUCUUGAGCUUAAGUGAGAGCUUUUUCAUGGUGAAAGGAGCAGCCCUCUUCUUACAGCAGGGAAACAGCCCUCAAAGCCAGCGAAGUCUUCAGCAUCCCCACAAGCAUGCAGGUGACUUGCCUCAACAUCUUCAAGUAAUGAUCAACCUUCUGCGAUGUGAAGAUCGGAUCAGGCUGGCUGUGCGCUUGGAGAGCGCCUGGGCGGAGCGGGUGCGGUACAUGGUGGUGGUGGACAGCAGCGGGCGCCAGGACACGGAGGAGAGUAUCUUGCUGGGCGUCGACUUUUCCAGUAAGGAAAGUAAAAGCUGCACCAUUGGGAUGGUUCUCCGGCUGUGGAGCGACACAAUAAUCCACCUCGAUGGAGAUGGGGGAUUCAGUGUCAGCACAGCGGGACGGAUGCACGUCUUCAAGCCCGUAUCCGUGCAGGCCAUGUGGUCUGCCCUGCAGGUCCUUCACAAGGCCUGCGAAGUGGCUCGGAGACACAACUACUUCCCCGGGGGCGUGGCUCUCAUCUGGGCUGCCUACUACGAAAGCUGCAUCAGCUCCGAUCAGAGCUGCAUCAAUGAGUGGAACGCCAUGCAGGACCUGGAGUCCACACGGCCUGACUCCCCGGCCCUGUUUGUGGACAAGCCAACCGAAGGGGAAAGGACUGAGCGCCUUAUCAAAGCCAAGCUCCGGAGCAUCAUGAUGAGCCAGGAUCUAGAAAAUGUGACCUCAAAAGAAAUCCGUAAUGAAUUGGAGACGCAGAUGAACUGUAACUUGAAAGAAUUUAAAGAAUUCAUAGACAAUGAGAUGCUCCUUAUCUUGGGACAGAUGGACAAGCCCUCCCUUAUCUUCGACCACCUUUAUCUUGGCUCUGAAUGGAAUGCAUCCAAUCUGGAGGAACUGCAGGGCUCAGGUGUUGACUACAUUUUAAAUGUCACCAGAGAAAUAGAUAAUUUUUUUCCUGGCUUAUUUGCAUAUCAUAACAUCCGAGUCUAUGAUGAAGAGACAACAGACCUUCUUGCCCACUGGAACGAAGCAUACCAUUUUAUAAACAAAGCAAAGAGGAACCAUUCCAAGUGCUUGGUACAUUGCAAAAUGGGUGUCAGUCGAUCCGCUUCCACGGUCAUAGCCUAUGCGAUGAAGGAAUUUGGCUGGCCUCUGGAAAAAGCGUACAACUACGUGAAGCAGAAGCGCAGCAUUACACGGCCCAAUGCGGGCUUUAUGAGGCAGCUGUCUGAGUAUGAAGGCAUCUUGGACGCGAGCAAACAGCGGCACAACAAGCUGUGGCGCCAGCAGAGCAAGACCUGCCUCCAGCAGCCUGUGGAUGACCCCGAAGGGUCUGGGGACUUCUUGCCAGAGACCUUGGACAGCGGCCCGGAGGCCCGGCUGCCCUGUUUGGACGAUGCCACCCAGCCUGGGUUUGCAGACAGCAGAGCUCCAGGGGGACCCACUCUCCCCAGCUGCUUCCGGCGACUGUCAGACCCCCUCCUGCAUUCCCCCAGUGACGAAACUGCCAGCUUGGUCCACCUGGAGGAUCUGGAGAGGGAUGCUCUGUUGGAGGAAGCAGCCGAGCCAACCGGGGCACACACGCCAGCCAGACCUCCCCAAGACUCUCCUGACCGCUGUGAGAAGGAAGUGAAGAAGAAACUGGACUUCGGGAGCCCCAAGGCCCGGAGUGGCUCUUUACCACAGGUGGAGGAGAUGGAAGGGGAGGAGGCCCUGGGAGCAGGGCGGUGGGGGCGGCCCCCGCCCCAGCUUGAUAAGAGCCUGCUCAACCGGGAAAACCUCAACAACAACAACAGCAAGAGGAGCUGUCCAGACGACUUCGAGCAUGAUGCUAUAUUUGGGAUCCUUAACAAGGUGAAGCCUUCCUACAAAUCCUGUGCUGACUGCAUGUACCCUACAGCCAGCGGGGCUCCUGAGGUCUUCAGGGAGCGAGGCGAGAAUCCUGGCGCUCCUGCCAUCUGUACCCAGCCAACCUUCCUGCCCCACCUCACAUCUUCCCUUGUGGCCCACACAGCCAGCAGGUCCCGAGCUUUAGAGAAACUGGCCUCUGGCCCAAGCGAGAGUCUCUCAUUCCUACCACCAGCAGGCUCAAGGAGGUCAGACACCGGCGGCUCUGGGGCUGCAGCAGCCCCAGAACUACCAGCUAGCGUUUUGGAACCUUCCAGAGAAACCCAAAAAGUCCCGCCAAAGUCCCUCCUUUUGAAGAAUUCUCACUGUGACAAGAACCCUCCAAGCAUGGAAGUAGCGAAGGAUGAAUCACCACCCAAGAAAGAUCUGAAACCAGCCAAGGACCUGCGACUUCUGUUCAGUAAAGAAGCUGAGAAGCCCACAACCAACAGCUACUUGAUGCAGCACCAGGAAUCCAUCAUUCAGCUGCAGAAGGCAGGUUUGGUCCGAAAGCACACCAAAGAAUUGGAGAGGCUGAAGGGCACACCUGCAGACCCAGCAUCUUCCUGUAGGGAUGGCACCAGCAGCAGACUGGAGCCCAGCAUACCCGAGGAGAACCCCGACCUGGCUCCUGUUCCUCUGCCGGGGCCCCCAGCCCUGCCUAUCCUCACUGGGAGUGACGAGAAGUCAGAGGCCAUCCCCUCUCCGUUGGAAGGCACCCCACUUAAGAGCCCCACUCCCUUCCUCUCCCGCCUAGAUCACACCAGUCAUUUCUCAAAGGACUUCCUGAAGACCAUCUGCUACACCCCCACGUCCUCCUCCAUGAGCUCCAACCUGACGCGGAGCUCCAGCAGUGACAGCAUCCACAGCAUCCGAGGCAAGCCGGGGCUGGUGAAGCAGCGGACACAGGAGAUUGAGACCCGGCUCCGGCUGGCAGGCCUCACUGUCUCGUCCCCGCUGAAACGCUCACACUCUCUGGCCAAGCUUGGAAGUCUCAAUUUCUCGACAGAGGACCUGUCCAGUGAGGCGGACGCAUCCACCCUCACCGACUCCCGGGAUGCCAAGUUGAGCGAGUCUUCCUUCUUGCAUCAGCCCCCGGCAGCCCUGAGGAGCCCAACUGCGACCUCUCAACCAUCAGGGAAAUCUGCUUCAGAACACUCGAGAAGCCCCUCAUGGAUGAGCAAAAGCUGACCCGCCUCUUGCUGUAAUCAGACGUGUAUUUUCACAUGGUCUCUCCCUUCGUUUCACUGUGGGUUUUGGCCGUGAUUUCUCCUAAACAGUUGACAUUCUCACUCUCCCCCUCUUGCCACAGAGAGGAAGAGAAAAAAAUCAAGAAUAACCCAGCACAAGAAGAAAGGGUGGUUUUGCCAGUCGGGUGGCCCAGGGAAGCCAAAAGCCGCCGGCCAGUAGAUACAAAACUCCGAUCCCCAAGUCCUGUGUUUUCAGGAAGAAUCCUGUUUUAAAAAGAGCAUAUGCAAAUAUGCGCACACAUCACAAAUACUCCAUUUGCACCAUGCAAACGAGUGGCAGCAAUGAAGGCUGCCUCACCACGGCGCACGUUCCUAGCUCAUUCAGGCCCUUGCGGGGAAACCCUGGGGUGACAGUAUAAGUCCUACCUCUGUUCUUGCUGUGCUUUUUAUUUUUAAAAUACAGUAGUGUCCAAGGCUCGUUCCAGGGAAUAAUGCUGUGUCAGAAAAGGUUUUUCCAAAAAGAAUUGAGGUGGGGUUGGGACCCCAAAAAGUGUUCAGACUUUUAAGUUGCCUACACCCAACACCUCUAGGUGAAGUUACACAAAGUCGUCUAGUUGUUGAAGCAACUCUGAUGUGGCAUGGAGAUCAUCUGUGCGGUUGACUUCUUUGUCCUGAUGUGUUGUCCCAGCGGAGUGAUGUGUCUGGCCGGCACUGGGGUGAGGAGGCAGGAGGUACCUGUGAUGUCCUCAUGCUGUGCCCCCUGGUCUGGGGAGCAGGACCCAUGGAGCAUGCACUGCAUCUCAUCUGCUGUUGAACCUGAUGUGGUUGUGUUGAGGCUGUGAAAGUGCUAGAGAGUCAGGUGGGGGCCAGGAGUGGUUCCGAGACACAGAUCGUCCUGCCAGGAGCCCUAACCCCUUGGGUGCAUGAGGUCACAGGAGCAUGUUUGGGGAGGAGAGGGGGCUUUCAUCAGUAGUGAGCCACCCUGCUAGUCCCUCUCUGGGAGCAACCCUUCAGCCGCUGCUCAGAGAAACAAGACCAUUGGAAAGCUUCACAGAUGUUUAUAGUUGUCCCUUCCUUUGGUUGAGGAUACCUCUUCCUGUCUCCCAGUGGCUCUUCCUGGCAGUGAAGACAGAGUAGAGGAGGGGUCUCUAGUCCCGGCCUGGGCUCUGGAGUGGGUCCUUUCAGAAUCUGGUGAGCUGUGCCCGUCAUGCUGCCACAGGCUCUGGGCACAUGGGUGGAGGGAGUCUGCUGCUGUUGGUUGGCAAGACAGGCUGGUAAAGUAUUUUGAAGAGAGAGGAAAAAAGAACCUUGGUAGUAAGGCAGAAAGGCUUCAUCCAAGGAUUCCACACACUCUGGUGUACAGACCCAUGAGCUAAGAAUGGCUUUUACAUUUUUAAGGAGUUAUUUAAAAAAAAAAAAUCCAAUAUGCAACAGGCACCAUGUAGCCUGCAAAGCUUAGGAAAUUCACGCUGUAUCAGAAACCUUUAUAGACAAGAUUUGCUGCCCAGGGCCCUCCAAGAAGAAUCUGGCAUAUUCGAAGGCCUCCCCUCCUUCUUGGACACCUCAGGCCCAACCCUUGCCUUCUCCCAGCCUAGACCUUGCCUACUCACCCCCAUGUGGCUCUCACCGAGGGCAGAGUAGCUGUGUAGGUGCAGAGGCUGCUGGCCAGAGCUCUCCCAGAGUAUGGUGUGCAGUCAGCUUGCAGCCAGAUUUAUUCAGUGAAGCUAGAAGCCCUCAGGUGCCAGCCAAGCUCCGAAAGUGGCCAAAAGGGCUGCCGUCUUUUAUCUUACAUUGGUCAGACCUGGGUCCCCAGGAGCAGCUGUUCUAGAGAGCACCCCAGGCAGGCUCCUCAGGACAAAGGGUGGACAUAGGUGGUCCACAUUUCAACUAAUGGGUAGAGUUUAUACAGAAAUGCUCUCUCCAGGAACUUUCCCUCCCUGCUGUUAAUUUUUUUUUUUUUUUUACCAUAACAUUAUUUUAUAGGAAUUUGUUUUCCCACCCCUGUCAAUUGAAAUCACAUUAAAAGGUGAUUAUCUACUUCAUCCUGAAAACCCUCUUGUGCUGCCCCCAUGCCCCCAGCCAAAAGAAACAUCAUCCUCAAAAAACAUAUCGAGUUCAAUAUGUUUUGCCAAAUUAAAUUUCACGUGGUGGCUCAAUUUUUGUGUCGAAUAAUUCUUUAGAUUUGAUGCCGACAGGCUUAUGUUGCUCUUGAUGGCUCGGUGCGUGAGAACAAUAUAUUUUUGAAAACUUUAAUUUUGAAAGCGUAGGAGGAGGGUUACAAACUGGAGUGAGUCUUUGGCUCUUAGUUAUCCUUUUCGUUUUCAUAAGCACAGCUUACAUGUCAGCAUCUACGCAGACUAGGGCCUGGGUCCCCAUCAUCAGGGUGAAGUGUGAGCAUUCUUGAUUGGACAGGUAACACUCUGGCCUGUAGGAAAGGAUACAACAAGCAUUUCCCCGAAACCCACAUCACCAAGAGCAUUCUGUGGGGCCUGGGGGCACCCUAGCAAAGAGAGCCUCACGCUGGCCUCUGAAAAGAAGAUCUGUGCCAUAAGAUAUGCCCCCCUUUGACCAGUGCUCUGCCUGGAAUCUGCUGAUGGCAACCAUGCCGAGCAUGGGUGGCACAAGUCAGAGGCAGGGGUUUCUGCUGUGAAAGUCAUUGAUUGUGGUGACUGCCAUCUUCAGGGAAUGCCCUUGUUGAAAUAGAGAAUGGAGAUUUGCUAGAUCAACUGGAAAAUCUCCCUGAGCCUUGGACUGCUUUUCUAGUACCAACUCACCUUUCUGUCUUUUACUUGACUUCAUGUGGUAAGCGCAAGUUAGAACUUCCCUAGAUCGUCAUCUUGCAUUGAUCCGGGGUAGGGUCGGGGUCUUCUUGUCAAGUAUGAGGGUGCAGCUGGGCACAGAGAAAAAACCACGCUGCCCUCUGACCAUGAUUCGAUAAUGCCGAUUUCAGUUUCUUUGCCUUGGAGUUACUUCGAGGUGUCGGACUGAUGUUCCCCACCGCAUGAACCUAAGAACAAGGCUUCUUGCCCUUGGCAUUCCCCAGUUUUUUGUUCUCUUUGUGGGAACCCAUGCCAACCUUGGGUGCUGAACAGCACGCUCCUGGGUAGUGGCACUCUGUCCGUCAUAUGUGAGACCACUCACCAGCUGCUCCCCAGUGGCCGCACUGUCUCACCCCCUCUGUCCCACCCCAUGCCUCUAGCCAAAAACCAUUCCAGCCUAUUCUUAAGCUCUUCUCCUCCUGAAUAAGCCCAGAGGGUGCCACAGGGUAGAGCCAACAUUGCAAUAGAAUUCACAUUUUCAGGACAGCCCUGAUCUUCGCCACUCUUGUCUUUCUACACAGGCCAGACCCCAGAAGGUUCAUGACUCCCCCUGCCCCCCUGGGGCCAUUUCUCCCCAGUGGGGAGAAGUGAUGCGUCCUUUAGUCAAGUCAUAUACUGACCUUACCCAAGGUGUCUGAAUAUGAAAGACAUGUUCUCUGUUGACCAGAAAUGCUUUGUUCCAGCACACAUCCCACCCAGCCGUACUCUGGCUUGCCACCUAGCAGGGCUUCCCCCAGACCCAGUGAGGGCACUCGACCUCUGGCAGGAGAGCUAGGCAGGCUAAGGAGUCUGUGACCCUUAGCUCCACUCCCACUGUGCGGGUUCUUGCCAAUGCUGCAUGCCAAACUGUAGUCCACUGACACCCCCACCCCCACCCCAUGCUCAGCUUCUUGGUCUUUUUAUUGUGUAUGACUGAGUUUCUGUGUCUAGGAGUUCACUCUGCAUACAUAUAUAUAUAUGCAACUUGAAUCAAAUCACUUUGUGGGUCCCUUCUCGCCCAUCCACACAUGUGCCCUGUCAUGCGAGUACAAAGCAGAUCACCUGACCGAUCUGGAGUGGGGCUGUGUGCAGCGCUGCUCUCGAUAGACCCAAUGCGACCUCCUUUUGUCUUGUAGUGGGUGCCACGGCCCUGGCCCCAUCCAGCCUCUUCAACAGGAGUCUUUAUAACCAGCCCACCGGUUCUCUGCUGUCCUUCGUGUUGGCUGUGCCACACAAGAAGGUGGCUGCUUCCCCCCCACCCCGCCCCUUUUCCGACACUGUAAUUAUUGUUUUACAAUUGAGUGCCUUAAUAAUAGUUUACAAAUACUGUGUAUUUAUGGGAAACUGGUAAGCUGUCACCUUCUGUGAUUGGACCUUUGCCUUGUCAGUGGUGGUUGGCGUGAGGGCCGGAGCUUACCCUACCUCCUACUUGUGCUCAUCUGCUGUGCAGUCAUGUGCAGGGUUGAGGGGGUUGGGGAGAGGAGUGCCCCCCCACCACUGUCCAAGGAGCGACAGUGGUUCCUGCAAGCGAGGCAGGCACUAGCUCACCUUGUGUCCCACAGUAGGAAGGAAAGCACAGAAUUUGGUUCGCUAGCCAGCUGGGGCGGCACCUCCUCCACUCCCCCACCCUCACCCCCAUCACACAGUUGUUUCACAGAGAUGUGGUUACCACCUAGGCCACCCUGUUUUCUCCUCUGUUGGUGUCCCAAGCUCUCUGCAACAAAAUUCAGGAACAGACACCAGCCCCUGCAAAAUCAGGAGCUCUGUAAGAUAAGUUCUUUGGUUUUCAGAAGCUGCCAGUGGGUUCCAGUGUGUUGCGUUAAGAUAUCAAUGAUUUUUUUUAUUCUAUUGUUUUCCUUCGUGUUUUUUUUUAUAUUAUAUAUUUAAAAAGCAGUAUCUUUUGUACUGUGAAUUUGCAGUAGAAGAUGCAUAAUGCACUUUUUUUUUUACUUCUGUUGGUGUGUACUGUAAUAGUCUGUGUGCUUCUUGUGAUGAUAAUAAACUUUUUCUUUAUAAAUGUU